GCUGCUGCUCACUAAUAUACUUUUCCCAGACGAGAUUGAAGAUUCUAAUCUAUUCGUUCUAUCAUUGACCAGUUCUUCGUGGCUCUUCACUAGUGUGCAUAGGCAAUAGUGCGCCGUUCGUUGAAAAUGGUUAAAAUUUAUCUGGUUAUCUUUUUUGUGAUCUUAGUAGCUGCAGAGGAACGAAGUUGUCCGAAUUUCAAAACCAGAAACAACUGGGAAGCCAAGGACCCUACGACUGUUGAAUAUCAAACUUUUCCGGUGCCAAUUGUGAUAAUUCAUCACACAGCAUCCCCAAACUGUAGCACAUUCAGAGAAUGCGCAACACGAGUUAAAAAUAUUCAACAUUAUCAUCAAGUCACAAAAAAAUAUCCAGACAUUUCCUAUAACUUUCUUGUAGGAGGCGAUGGGAAUGUCUACGAAGCUGUAGGAUGGCAUAAGGUCGGAACCCAUACUGUAGGAUAUAAUAAUCGAUCGAUCGCAAUCGCUUUUAUUGGCAACUUUAAUGAUGAACUUCCAGUUCCAGAAGCACUGCAGGCUGCAAAGGAUUUAAUCCAAUGUGGUGUGGAGCUGGGUGAAAUCAAAAAAGCCUACAAAUUGUUCGGUGCCAGACAGCUUGUAAAGACGCAGAGCCCUGGACUGACUCUUAACGCUGAAAUCCAAGAAUGGGAUAACUGGAAUCCAAGGCCAUAGCAGCUGAAAUAAAAAUAGUGAUUAUAAAACUUGUAUUUCCGUUAAAAUGUUUUUUAAAUACCUUUGAGUCCUCAGAUUGUGGCAGUCA